AUGAGUGCCGAUUUGAACGCAGCUAAGGCGCCGCGCAAGAUCUUUGUGGGUUCUUUGCCAGAUGGCAUUGAGGCUUUGUCAGGCUUCCUGCAAGCUGACGUGGUGAAAGCGGAAUUUAGCAGAUACGGCCUGGUCGAGGAGAUGUUCCUCAAACAGGGCUGUGAAUCGGGUCGGCAGUGGGGCUUUGUCACCUUCGCGACCGCGGAGGAGGCCCAGUUUGCCCAGGAGCAGACCAAUGGGAUCCUGAUGUUCGAGACCUCUCUUCGCCCUUGCGAGGUCAUUUUUGCUCGAAAUCAAGGCCUUUAUGGAUCUGGAAGCUUGACGAAGACGGCCCAGCCGAGCCCUUCAAGCGUACUGCCCAUUGACACAGGCCCAAAGAAGAUUUUCGUGGGCACCCUCCCUGACAACGUCAGCGAGAAUGUGCUGCUGGAGGAGUUCUCCAAGUAUGGGGAAGUGAGAAAUGUGUUCUUGAAACCCAAUUGUGACCCUGGCAGGCAUUGGGGGUUCAUUACCUUUGCCACGUCGCAACAGGCUAUGGAUGCGAAGGCGAGCUGUGAUCGAACUCUCAUGCUACCAGGCGCUGAGAGGCCCUGUGAGGUGACCAUAGCCAAGCAUCAAGGGAUGUAUGGCCAAGAUGCGGAUGGCGAUGGAGGACGUUUGGCGACCAGCACCAGCAGUCGUAGCAGCUACACUCCCCUGAGUAGCCAGGUUGCCCGGCCGACUUCCACCGUUGGCGCCAGCUACGGUGGUAGCCAGGGCUCAGCUCGACCGGUGAUUGGGGCCAGUGGACACAGUCCAAUUGGUUUGGCGCCUGCCAAUGGCUCUAGCUCAAGCCAGUAUGGACAAGACCUACGGCAAACCACAACCUCUGUUGGAGGACCCUGCAAGGUUUUUGUGGGCUCUUUGCCUGAUGGUUGCCCAGAGCAUCUUCUUAGGCAAGAGUUCUCCAGAUAUGGCCAAAUCACAGAUGUCUUCAUGAAGCAAGGCUGUGAGCCAGGCCGGCAGUGGGCUUUCAUCAUUUUUUCCUCUGCUGAAGAGGCGAUGCUUGCCAAGGAAUCCACGGACAAGAUUCUGCAGCUCCCUGGGGCUUCAAGAGCCUGUGAGGUCAUGCUGGCGAAGAAUCAGGGCAUGUAUGGACAGGCGCCUCUUCGCGCCUUUGGCUUAGGCCCUGGCAUGCAGGGCUUGCCGGGGCAGCCGCCGCCUCCAACGACGCCGCCCCCACCACAUUUGACACCUUGGAGGACAUACAAGACGCAAUCAGGCUUGCCGUACUACCACAACUCACAGACUGGCCAGACAGUCUGGGAAUGCCCCACAGAGUUUGAGCCUCCGCCGGGCAAUGUGGGUGUUGGCAGUGUCCCAGCGAAUGGAAGAAGCAGUGGGCGUCCUGGUGCCCGCUAUGCACCAUAUUGA